ACCACUAAACAGUACUUAAUUUCACACACUCUAAACAGUACAGAGAGUUUCACACAAUUCCAAAACAAGAAAGAAGUUGGUAUAUUCUCCAAAUCUGACGCAAUUGUUUCAGCAAUGAUGUUUCCUACUUGUUGGUCUGCAGUGGUUUUGGCAUUGAUGUGCAGCUUUGAGAAUGUCAACGCGACAGACCGAUAUAAGGUUAUACAAAAGCAGCGCACAUGGUAUCAGGCAAGAGACGAUUGUGAGUCUAGGAAUGCUCAUCUAGCAGUGAUCCGUUCUCAUCAGGAUAAUUCAGAUGUGAAAGAUUUGCUGUCUCAAGAUAUAGGCAAUGUGUGGAUCGGUGUAAAUGAUUUAUACAAUGAAGGAACAUACAAGUAUGUGACGGGGCGCGAUGCAACGUAUACAAAUUGGCGUGAUGGUGAACCUAGCGAUGGUAGUGGCAGAGAAAAUUGUGUUGAGAUGAGUUAUGAAUAUGAUUUUAAAUGGAAUGACUGUCCAUGCACAUUAACAAGGAAUUAUGUGUGCGAGUAUUACCCAUGUGAUACCCAAUCUGUGAUAAAUGCUCAACUGAAAUCGUGCACGGAUGAUAUGAAUCAUGGCAGUUUGUGUAUAUAUACAUGUAUUCGUGGUUAUACAGCGGAGUCGUCAUUGGUCACAACUUGUGGACUGAACAGACAGUGGAAUCCAAGCAUAAUCAAUUGUACAGUUAUUACGUGUGACAUACCACCAUCUGUGUCAAAUACUGAAUUGUCAUCAUGCUCAAAUGGUGCAAAGUAUGGCAGUCGGUGCACAUACACAUGCGUUAAUGGGUAUGAAGCUGUCACAUCGAUGGAUACAACAUGUGGGAGUCAUGGUAAAUGGAAUGUUACUAGUAUUAUAUGCAACAGGAUAACAUGUGAUGUACCGCCAUCAGGGACAAAUAUUGGAUCGCCAUUUUGUACAAAUGGCGUGAACUAUGGUAGCCAAUGUCAAUAUACAUGUGAUACUAGACAUGAAGCUGUGACACCAUUGGUUACAUCAUGUCAGUCAAAUGGAGAAUGGAAUGUAACUAGUAUCAUAUGCGACGUUACCCAUUGUGAUAUUCCGCCACCUGGGUCAAAUACUGAAUGGCCAUCUUGCUCAGAUGGUGUGAAUUAUGGUAGCCAAUGUAAUUAUACAUGUAUUAGAGGGUAUGAAGCUGUGACAUCGAUGGUUACAACGUGUGAGAGUAGAGGUCAAUGGAAUCAUGACAACAUUAUAUGCAAAAGAAUAGUUACUUCAACAUUGCACCAGAGUGAAUAUAGUUCACCGAUUACAAAUAUACCACAUUUAGAAGAAAGUCCUGGCACAGUAUCAAUUCCAGGCAUGUUUGCUGGCGUGGCUGUGAUAUGUCUGUGCUUGGGAUUUGGCGUGAGUCUGAUAGUUGGUUACCUUAAAAAUCGAAAUUGCAAGAAAACACACUCCAGAGCCGUCGAUGGGAAUAAUGCUGCUGCUGAUGAAAAUAAAUAUAAACCACUCAACUUACAUGAUAUUGUGCCACCUAUAUAUGAGACGAUAGACAAAGAACCGACCUAUCAGAAUGAUACCCCGUUUAGUAAUGCUCACCUAGCAGACAUCCGUUCUAGUCAGGAAAAUUCAGAUGUGAAAGCAUUGCUGUCUUCAGCUGAAGGCAAUGUUUGGAUCGGUGUAAAUGAUCUGUACAAGGAAGGUACAUUUGAAUACAUGACAGGGGGUCGUGUAACAUAUACAGAUUGGUAUUAUGGUGAACCUAAUAAUAGUGGUGAAGAAGAUUGUGGUGAGAUGAGAAGGGAACUUGGGUUUAAAUGGAAUGACGAGUCAUGCACAGAGCAAAAUUGGGGUUAUGUGUGCGAGUAUUACAUUAUUAUCUGUGAUAUACCACCAUCUGGGUCAAAUACUGAAUUGUCAUCAUGCUCAAAUGGUGUGAUGUAUGGAAGUAUGUGCCGAUACACAUGCAUCAAUGGGUACGAAGCGUUCACAUCGAUGGUUACAACAUGUGGGAGUAAUGGUCAAUGGAGUGUUACUAGUAUCAUAUGCAACAGUUAG